CUUACGUUCCUUUACUUUUCUUCAUUGUGUUCGGGCUUGAACUUCUUCUUCUUCUAGUUUAGGGGUUUGCUGUUCCUAACCUUCUAUUCCAUCCGUCUCUUUUUACGCCAUAUCUUCUCCAAACUGUGGACAUGGCUAUGGCGAUUCGUUCUGCACUCGCAAAGCUGGCGACUAAAUCUAUUCACAAGAACAGAAGUGGAAUUCUGAUGCUUAGGGCUUUUGCGAGCUCAGCCAUAGACAAAAACCCCAAUCACCAAGACGACGCCGUUUCGGGGUUUCCUGCUGGUCAUUACUUCCGUCACCGAUUCGAUUAUGGAAGCCAUGAAAGCAAAAAGAAAGAGCUUAAGGUAUCUGAUUAUUAUAUGGACUUAGGAGGAUUAGAGCCUGCCCGUUUCGCCAUGGAAGAGUUCAACAAGUGAAAGAAUGCGCAACUGCAGUUUGUGAGAGUUAUGACUGCACAUAGGCUUCUGUGCACAGGAAUUAGCAGCCUAUAUGUUAUAACAUUGGAGGCAGUUGAUGCCGGAGUGGCUAAACUUUACCAAGCAAAAGUUUCGGUAAAUUUCACUGACGGCAUGUUUUUGGAAUGGUUCUGUCUUGUCAUUGAUGAUGGGUGUCCUAUAGCACUAUUUGAUCACCUAGAAAACUUUUUUCCUCAGAACGACCAUGAAGUCAGAGCGGAGAAUCAAACUCCGAUGUGUAAAAAGAAGGGACUUAAUUGUUCUAAUAACUCAUGUAUCAAACUAUGUCAUAUCGAACCUGCGUAUGACUUAUCAAAUAAUGACCAGAUGCAAAGAUUUGGACAUUGGGCAGUGAAAAUGUUCAACGAGGAAAAGAAUGCUGAACUGCAGUUUGUAAGAGUGGUGAGCGGAAGCAAGCUGCUGCGGGAGGAUUUCUUUUAUCUAACAUUGCAGGCAGCUGAGGCUGGUGUGAUGAAAAUUUACCAAGCAGAACUGUUUUUGCCAGGUAAAAAGAAGAUUACGCAUCCCAAUUCCCGGCUCAAUUUGUUUGGCCAUGUCGUUGAUAGUGGGAGACUGUCAAUACUAAUUGAUAAGAGGCAUGAAGAAUGCACAAAAGAGAUUUUGGUAUCUGAAGAUAUUAUUACAGCAAACCAGCAAGGUUACUGCCGUUACAAGGAUGUUGAUAAUUUCAUACCAGCCUUUUUGAGAUAUUGAAAACAAGAACAAGAGCUGAUGAGAUUAUUCUGCCUACAUUAAGUGAAGAGAUUAGAACCGGCAAGUAAACGGUGGUGAUAAAUUAUGCAAUGCAUCGAUAGUGUGUGCAGUACUAUAUAUAUCUGAGAUUCUGAGAUAUCAAUCAGCUUAGGAUCGUAGGCUUCCUUUGAAUGUGCAUUCAUCGGCCUGUAAUUAUGCUACUGUUACAAUUGGACCAUGAGUUUUUUUUGGGCCGAUUACUGUAAUGAAGUACUUUUUCAUGA